AUGAAGACAGGAACAUCAACUUUGAAUCCCUAUGCAGAAUCAUAUGUGCCUAUUUCGAGAAGAGGGGCACCUGAUGGAAAUAAAGAAGCUAGAUCUCCAAAAGAGUUCACGAGUGGAAGUGAGGCUGUUUGGUUGGCACCUGGUGUGACAGCUGUACGAAAUCAACAGCAGACUCCCCAAAUUGCUGAUCAGUAUAAACUGAAAGACUAUUCAGCUUAUGGCUCGCCAUCACAUAGUCCAGUAGGAGCUAUGGGUAAACAAGUUCUGGGUGAGGAAUCUUACAUGGAUUUGGCUUAUCUUCAGAUGACUUUUCCUGGCAUGUCAGAUGAAUCGCUUUCUGAGGUCUAUAUAGCAAACAAAUGUGACCUUGACGCGGCUAUUGAGAUGCUGAACCAGCUUGAGCACUACUCUGGUGAUUUUUCUGAAAAGCUUCCAGACACUCUUGACAUUGGUGAUGUGUCGGACUCUGGGUUCAUAGGCGAUAGUUCAUCUCAGAAGUUGAAGACGGUGACUGGUGAAACGGCUGCAGUUGCUUCAUCAUCUGGUUUACCAGACUCAGGUCCAAGCAGUUAAAGAUGGUUGUGCAGGAGUUUGUUAUGAACAGGUUUUCAGAAGUCUUCCUGUAGAUAUGGAAGUGUGGAUACUAAAGGAUUGUCUUUUUUGUUUGAAAAUCUCCAUAGAUACAUCUUUCCCUAUCAUUGUAUAGGUUGUCUCCUUAUACUUGUAUGUCUUUCAGCAGUGGAUUCAAGCUCUUCACUUGAUAAACUAGUGAUCCAAAUUUUUUCCUGACAGUCCAUUAUCUGCGAUACAGGAAAAGAAUGAUUUUCGUGCAAGAAGAUGUUUGUUUCUUGUGCAAAUGAUAUCUCUCUUGACAUACAAAGAUUUGUUCAAAAUGUUGAUUGCUUUGGA